ACUGCAAAAACUUUUUCAAUUGUGAUCAAGGAGGAUCAAAUUCAAAGCCAGUCUUAAAUUUUUUUUUUUUAUGUUGGAAUUAUUAUUAUUAUUAUUAUUAUUAUUAUUAUCCUUUUUUUUUUUUUUGCUUUGUUUUAUAAAAGUCCAAUUUGAAACAUAUUGACACAUGAGAAGUCAUCUAAUCUCUUAAUCUUCUCAGGCAGUAAACCUGCUUUAAAACAGGACGAUAAAUGUGGUGGCCUACGUGGCAGAUCAUGGUCAUGGAUUCUAGGGCGUGUGUGUCGAAACUGAUAAAUGUCAUAAACCAAAUUCCAGAUAGACCAAGAAGGAACCAGGCGCCUUCCUUCUGAAAUCUGCAGAGCUAGUACAAGAGGGUAAUAUUAGUCUUAUCUUGUCAUACAUUAAUGAGCUUCCAUUGCAACGGCUAAUAACGCAGUGAUAUUCUGUCAUCAUUAGCACACAGGAUGCCUACCCCUAGAACAGCAGAUGAGUCAUGAUACUGCACAAGGUGUGGGCAUUCGGCUCACGGUUUUUCAUGUAACAUUUUAAAGUGUAGUUUCUACCAUGAGUUCCAUUUCUGGAUUGGCAUCUAUUUAAAAAAAAAAAAAAAAGCUACCAUCUGUUAGAAAAAUCGAAUUUAGAAAGGGCUACGUGACAGUAAUGUCUUCACCAAUCAAACACCAAUCAGUCUGAAUACUAACAAUGUAUGCUGUUUAAUGAAAUGAGCAAAGUCAGGAUAUAUAGCACAUAUCAGGAGGUCCAGAAGACUACCCUUACACAGAGGACCCCUCGUAGAACCUGGAUUAAAAGUUUGCUUUGAUGUAUCACUAACAAAUACAGGCAAAAACAAAAGGUGGGUAAAAUUUUAGAAAGAAAGAAAGAAAGAAGGUCAGCAAGAUCAGAUUAAAUUUGUCAUAUGUUUCUGUUUCCAGUGCUGUGAGAUUUCAGUAUUAGAUUUGACAUUUAUGCACAUAUACAAAUGAAGAAAGAAAGAUCGCUUCAUGGGUUAAACCUGCUUUGUGAAUAUGAGAAUUAAUAUUGUUACUGUAGAUAUGAGGUGUGAGCAGGCUGGUUUGAGAAUAUUUGCACCGCAACUAAUAUUAUCGACAUCUCACAUGACCCUGGCACCUUUAAACAACUUCCAAACCAAAUCGAAGUAGGCAACAAAGCCACAAUUAGCAGUUUGCAGGACAUUAUCGAUUGUUUUCUGUUUGUUCAUGUAACAAACAUUACAGCUAUUUAUUGGAUGACUGUCGUUAUACAACAGCGCUGUUGAAUUCUCAAAUCUGAUUGGUCAGAAGGAAAAACACUUAAAUGUUACUAUGGUGAACGUUUCUAUUUAAAAAGAAGAAGAAGAAGAAGAAAAGUCUCCAUCACAGACGUAUCUUAAGGACUGAGUACUUGAAAAGCUGUUUUUUUGUGUGUGUGUGUUUUUUUAGCACACUAAGUAUAAGUGAGAGAAACAAAUAUUAAGACAUGCUGGUGAGGGAACAAUUAUCUGUCAGUGGUAUCAGGAACUGACUUCUUUCGUGGACAUUCCACAACAUUAAAUGGUAAUCAGAAAUGACUAAAAGUAGGUCCUGUUCAUUAAUAAAUUAUAAAAUGUAAUUGGCGUUUAUAAAAUGCAUGUAAAAUGUAGCGUAAAAGGCUAAUUGUUGUGAUAUAAGAACAAUAAUCCACUUCAGAAAGUGUUGUUAUAGGAAACAACUUUGGGAUCACAGAACCAUGUCAUUGAUUAUUUUCGUGUAACGGCACACCCAAUACUUUCUUUAAAGACAUUCCUCUAGUAGUCACUUAAAGGCAAUCCUACAGCAGUAUGUUACUGGAAUUAUGUGUGAGAGGAGAGCACUGAAAUAGCUAUUUCUCAUUAACCUGCAUCAAUAUGCUUUUUUUUAACAAAUUUUUUUUUAUUUUGGUGCCUGUUGCAUGUUCUCCCCGUGCUGCGGGGGUUUCCUCCGGGUACUCCGGUUUCCUCCCCAGUCCAAAGACAUGCAUGGUAGGCUGAUCGACAUGUCCAAAGUGUCCGUAGUGUAUGAAUGGGUGUGUGAAUGUGUAUGUGAGUGUGCCUGUCCAGGGUGUACCCCACCUUGUGCCCCAUGCUCCCUGGGAUAGGCUCCAGGUUCCCAGCAAUACAAUAGGAUAAGCGGUAUAGAAAAUGGAUGGAUGGAUAGUGCCUGUUUCCUGUUGACUUCCACAGAAGCCAAGAAGUGAUGUGUUAUUUUGAUAUGUUAUAUAAUAUUUCAUGAUUUCGACUUAAUAUCUGGGGCGCACGGUGGCUUGGUGGUUAGCAUGUUCGCCUCACACCUCCAGGGUUGGGGUUUGAUUCCCACCGUGGCCCUGUGUGUGCGGAGUUUGCAUGUUCUCCCCGUGCUGCGGGGGUUUCCUCCGGGUACUCCGGUUUCCUCCCCCAGUCCAAAGACAUGCAUGGUAGGCUGAUUGGCAUGUCUAAAGUGUCCGUAGUGUAUGAAUGGGUGUGUGAGUGUGUAUGUGAUUGUGCCCUACGAUGGAUUGGAACCCUGUCCAGGGUGUACCCCGCCUUGUGCCCGAUGCUCCCUGGGAUAGGCUCCAGGUUCAGAGCUUCCGUACAUACACUUCCAAGAAACAUUCUCAAUAUGUUUUACGUAUUUUACAUAAGCCUGUCAUGUACUGUAUCACCAUAUAGGAAUCGAGCUGUGAGAAUAUACAGUGCGUAGCAUCAGUUAAACAAACAACUUGAAUGGAUGAUUUUCACCCAAUAUGGCAACCCGGGUUUGAGUGACGUCAUCGCGCAGCAGCCACAGAGUAGCCAAUCAGAGAGCGCGCUGCUUCUGUACACGGAACUGAUUGCGGAUUUGCUUAGCAGACACGCGCAGGUAGCCAAUGGCACAUCAGAAUGGCCACACUGAUCCCGGCCCUUCGGUGGACGUGAUGGCAGGCGAGCGGUUCCCUGCAGCUCCUCCACCCAUCUACGUGUGCACUCUCACCCCGGAUCUGGAGGCCAAGGCACGAGAGGAGCUUCAGGAGAAGCCCGAGUGGCGUCUUCGGGACGUCCAAGCGCUGCGAGACAUGAUCCUGAAGGAGCAUUCCAGUCUGAGGACACGGCUGGACGACGCAUUUCUCUUGCGCUUCCUCCGAGCCAGGAAGUUCGACUAUGACCGUGCGCUGCAGCUGCUCCUGAACUACCACAGCAGCAGGAGGGCCUGGCCUGAAGUCUUCCAGGACCUGAAGCCCUCGACGGUGAAGCACGUACUUGAGCUAGGCUUCCUUACUGUCCUGCCCAGACCUGAUCCUCAAGGCCGCUACGUUCUCUGCUUACGGCCAGGGAAAUGGACACCGAAUGACUAUCCGUUUGUGGACAAUAUCCGAGCCAUUUAUCUGACGCUAGAAAAGCUGAUUCAACCUGAGGAGACCCAAGUGAAUGGAAUAGUCAUCCUGGUGGAUUACACCGGAGUCGGCUUGUCUCAGGCCUCCAAUCCCGGCCCUCUACUGGCAAAGAAAGUCGUUAGCAUUCUUCAGGAUGGAUUUCCUAUCAGAAUAAAGGCAGUCAAUAUCAUAAAUGAGCCUCGAAUCUUUAAGGGAAUAUUUGCAUUAAUAAAGCCUUUCCUGAAGGAGAAGAUGGCUGAAAGGUUUGUCCUGCACGGCUCAGACCUGUCGUCCCUGCAUCGUGUCAUCCCGCGCUCUGUGCUGCCGCAGGAAUACGGAGGCGUGGACGGCAGACUGGACAUGACAGCUUGGACUCGCACACUGCUGGAGGCCGAGGAGGAGUUCGUCGUGGAGUUUUGCCAGCCGGAGCCUCUUGAGGGAGCGUUAAUGCACGACUCGAUGUUGUUUGAAGGCGAGCAUCCUGAGGACUCGUACAGAAGCCUGCGCUCGCAGCUCUACUACUGCUACUGAUGUCUCGUCAGGCGGCCGGCACCUUCUGUUUCUCUAAAGAUGUGUUAUUUUUAACAACUAGGCUCAGAGAUGGAGUUUUAUUUUUCUGAAAUCAUUAAGCUAAAAAUGGUGUGCGAGGUUCACAGAUUACAAAUGAAAGGUCGUUGAGGUGCAGCAUUAUUGUUUAUAGGGCAUUAAUAAAGGACAGUUUAUAGGAAACAUUUUUUGAGACUACUAGGGUCAGGAGUUUU